UGCGCGACCUCCAAGCCGAUAACUGGUGGGAGAGGGCACAGGAUCGAGACAACUGGCGUGUACUCGUGUCGGAGGCCAAGAAUUUUGGACCGCUCCGCCAUUAAGUAAGUCUCUUUGUUACCUUUUCACGGUUAAACAUCUGAAUCGAUUUAGGUAAAAUUUGGCAUGAAGCUAAAAAGUUUAAGCCCUAGUAAAUCCUAUGAGAUUGACAGUGGGAGCAUUUUCCAGAAAAAGGCAGCGCUAGCCGUGCCACCCCCCGCGGCUGGCGCCGGAGUGGCGGCGCACUUGUUGCGCCGUCUGCCGUCCCCUGCUCUCCGCGUCUCGCGUCCUGUCUGCCUAUUAACAACAUUUUUCGUGUAUUUGGCUUCAUCUCUGAUGUAGUCUGAUCUCUACAUACGCAACUACUACGCGUCACAUGAGGUCUGAUUUAAACUGGUUCUUAGGCGGAAUCAUGGGAAUGUCUUACAGGACUAACUCAGCUUUUCAGCUGAGCGCCUGUCGAAACCGCGAUUUACUCCCUUUUAGUACAUUGACGGCUUGAUAUCAAUUUCUGAGCACAUUAAAUUCUCUGGGAUUGCAAAUAUCGUUUUUAGAAAAUUUGCCAAAUAUGUAUACAAUUAUAGUGCUAUGGUGUAUUAAACGUGACGUCUACUUUAAGUAUUAGUUGUCUGGUCGCUGGGCGUAGGUCACACACGUAUAAAAAUGUUUUAUUACUGAUUGUUUUUCGUACCUAUUGAAACUAUAAUAGUAGUUGUGGCUAAAAGAGUAGAGUGUUUGGCAAGAGAGUUAACCAGUAGAGCUGGAACAGAACAUUUCUCAAGGAGGUAUGUACAUAGAUAUGUUUAAUUGAUAUAUUCUGUGGCCAACAUACACAUUGUCAUUGGUCUUAGGUUACUUAACACAAUUUUCCAAAUAUGAGUCCACUUAGAUAUAGGUACCUACCAUAUUAAUAAUAGUAGAUAUUUCUAACUCUACAUUACCUAGCCCAAUUUGAAAGUCCUCCGCGCGCAUAUAAUUUUGCUGCGCCCAAAGUUUUGCUGUCGACAAAUCGUUAUAGAAAUGCAAAAACAAACAUGGAUAUCCUGAUAAUAAAAUUAAUAAGGUUCCCUUUCUCAGAGCUAUUCGCUGUUCUGUUUGCGUGCUGUCAGUCAUUUACACCGCUCAGUAAAGAAUUAUCUCAGUGUAGCAAAUCUAGCCACAAGAUGGGGCGCGGCGGUGGCGUGCCUCCCUCCCGGCCCCCCUCGCAGGCGGCGUACUUCGUGGCCCUGGCCGGAGUAGCGCUGCUGCUGCUUAUGCUGUGCUGCUACUUUCUCUACUUUUGCAUCAAGAAGAUCAACGAACUGUCGGAGCACGAAUCAUUAUGUGGUGCACCCGCUUCACGCGCUCAACCUACGCCCGCGCGCAACGACGCCUACCCUGUGCAGCCAGUGGUGAGGGACAGUGCAACAGCGAUGGCAAAGUUAUGCAAGGAGCUGCCGAGUGGCGGCGGGCGGGGCACCGUAUUCCCGGCGGCAACGUCGCCCGCGGCCCUGCUGGCGGACACCGGCGCGGGCGGCGCGCGCGCUGGGUCGCUGGCGUCAGGCAGCGACGGCGCCACCCUCAGCGACGAUACCGCCACUACCGGCACUAGCAUGGAGUCCCCCCCGCCGGCCAUCGCGCCGGUACCUGACAGGUAAACCAUCCCACCCAGGAUCAUUUAGAUGAAAGUAAUUUUCAGUCGUGACAAAUAUAUAUAUCGGUCACUUGUGCUUGUUUUGCAAUAUUACAACUUUUUGUCACCUUUGCCAGAGGGCCUUACCAGUGGGUGUCUGCAUUUAAAAACUCAUUCAAUUGUCCGAUACAAUCGGUCACACAAUUUAACGAGUUUUCAAAUUCAAUAGAACCUACAGAUAUAGGUAGUGAAUAAUGCUUUACCAUCAGUAUUGGGAGCGUGCACGACUGUCACGCAACCUAGUGUCCGCAAUUCUAGGGGAAAACGUCAAUUCACUACAUCUUAUAAAACUACUCCAAAACUAAAAACUACUGAACGGAUUUUCAUACGACUUUCAUCUAUCAAUAGAGUGAUUCUU